AUGGAUUCAACGCCAUGGCGCGAGUACAAGUCUGGAGAGCGCAGCUACUAUGUUAAUAAAGAAACGAAGCAGUCAACAUGGACUAUACCCGCGGAUUUGCAGGCAUAUUUAAGCACGAUCCCCGACGACCCGCCGCCUGCUGUGCCAGCGCGCUCGUCAGCCAGUCCACAUGCACAUGCUUCGCCUGCAGGCUCAGCAACCCCACCAACAAAUACUUCAACGGGCGCAUCAGCCACAGCUUCGGACGCUGUAACUGACGCGCUUGGGCCUGGCACAGCUGCGCCACGAUCUUCGACCAACUCAUCUGUAUCCGCACGAAACUUGUCGCCUGUGUACGCGACGCACGAAGAAGCGGAAGCUGCAUUUAUGUCGAUGCUGCAGCGCAAGAAUGUAGGCCCUACAUCAACUUGGGAGCAAACAUUACGUGAAAUCAUCACAGAUCCAUUGUAUAAAGCGCUACGGACGCUUGCCGAGCGCAAGGCCGUCUUCCACAAGUAUGUUGACGACCAAAAAGCACAAGAAGCAGCUCGGCGCGAAGAGAAGGCUGCUGAGCUGCGGCCCAAGGUCACUAGCGCAUUGCAGCAGGAGUUGGGCGGGCUGAAGCCCUAUGCUAGCUUUGCGACAUUCAGAAAAAAAUUAUCGCCGCAUGCUUUGUGGGCAGAGAUCGAUGAUGAGCAGCAGGCGCACGCUAUCUACGAGGCGAUCCACCGCGAGGUGCAAGAAAAAGAGAAUGCGCGGCUUGAAGCGAUCAGAGCGCAGAACCGCACGAACUGGCUUGCAUUGUUGACCACCAUGGAGCUACGUCCCACGUCACGCUGGCACGACGUGUAUCGUGCGAUCUGCGACUCAGACACGUACCGCCAGAGUCCUCAGUUGCAAACGAUGCUCUUCACUGACCAGCUAGCCGUGUUUGAAGAGCACAUGGCAAAAGUCGAGGCUGAGGAGCGCGAGCGGCUCUGGGGCCACGCCCAUUCACGACGCGAUCGGCAGGCCCGCGAUGCAUUUCGAGCGUUACUACAGGACUCUGUUGACAAGGGCACGCUGCACGCCCGUUCGACAUGGGCAUCGUAUUUCCCGAGCAUCCGCGACGAUGAACGGCUCAAGGCCAUGACUCAAACAGCCUCUGGCUCAAGUGCACAAGACUUGUUUUACGAUGUGCUCGAUACCCUAGAGCGUGAUUUUGCUGUGCAUCGACGCACCGUUCAGGCGCAUAUGCGGGCAAACAACAUCCACGUUACAAGCACCACCGAUUCAGACGCUUGGCAUAAUGCCUUUCGGAGCGCUGAUGCGCCUGACAGUAUCCGGAUGUUGCCGGACCACAUGUUACGUGCUUUGUUCGACGAAUGCGUGUACCAGUCGGAGCGAGAUGCUCGUGAUGCUCGCCGCCGUACAGAACGACGCUUGCGCCACCACGCCGAUGAUCUUAGGUACGCCUUUAAGCACAUGGAACCGCCUUUGGAUAUCGAGGCAUCUUUUGACGACAUUCUGCCGCGCAUUCGCACGCUACCAGAGUAUGAUGUACUUGCACGUGCGGGUGAAGAUGGCCUCGAUACGGCUAGGUCGGCAUGGGACCGAUUCGUUCGACGCCAAUCGGAGAAGCUGGCUGAUGCUAUGAAUACACCAGGCCGGUCACGGACGGACUACACGGACCUAGACGAUAGCGGUGGUGCAGACGAGCAUCGAAAGAGGAAGGAGCACUUACGGAGUGAUGACGUAACGGCGGUGGACCCACGCGCCGUUCGCAGGCGCACCGAGUAUGAUAUAUAG